AUGGAGCGCGCGCGACCUGCCACGUGGCCCGCGCGCGCCUACGUGCAAUUCGCGACACCCAGCAUCAGCGAGCAACGCGUCACUACCCUGGUGAUAAAAUACGUGGGACCUGUAGCAGUUCCUGCAAAUGACACGUGUAAAGAUUGUCUAGCGAGUCUAUUUGAGAAGAGAUUUUUCCCAAAAAAUGGUGACAUACCGAUGCUUAACCGAAAGGUGUUCCGUGCCACACUGGUACCGAUCGCGGAACACCCUUACGUGGUGAGCGUGCGGCGGCAGUAUGCUCACUACCUCACCGGCACCGUGCUCACCAAGAACACAAUACUCUCCGUCGCUCACCCGCUGUACAGAGUGGGAACUUAUGAGCUAGCCGUGGUGGUGGGCGAGAGCUACGCCGACCGGGGCACGUCUCUACAUUCAGUGAUAUUAAUAAUUAUCCACGAGGACUUCGAUCGCUUCACCCUCAAGGCUGAUAUUGCGCUCUUGAGGUUAUACGAGGAACUUAGUUACAGGGUCUCCAUAAAACCCAUAUCUCUGUCUUCCUCGUUUUCUCCAAAAUAUGGCCGAACUGCUUUCGUCACAGGAUGGGGACGAUGCGACAGAAUGGGCAAGGAGCUGUGCUUGCCUCGGUCCUCUCGAUUCUUCCGCUGGGAGAAGUUGGACCCCAUGUUGAGGACAAUCAAGUUCACCAUGACACACAGCGAGCACUGCAAUGAGUAUACUAUGCACGAACUCAAGAUGGACGACAGAAUGCUGUGCGCGGGUCCUGCUCGUGUGGAUGAGAUCCUGUGCCCCUGCAUGGCGGUGCCGGGUGCUCCGCUAGUGGUGGACGCCAAGCUGGUCGGCAUUCAGUCCUGGGGCUUCAGCUGCGGCUACCUCCGCGACAUGCCUGUGGUCUAUACGCGUCUGGAAGCUUACCACGGAUGGCUCAGCCACAACAUCCCACACUUGAGGAGAAUACACAAAGAGAAUCUAACUCAACUGUUUGAUGCAACCAAAGUGAAAAGGCUGACUGAUUGGCUAGUCAAAAGCAGAGUUAGGAUGCCUUUAUUACGGAAAAUCCAUAACCACGACCUUCAAAUAUUACCUAUUGACCAUCAAUUGACAUUGCUGAGAGGGGUAGUGUAUGAUAUUAGAGACUUCCUCCGUAGAGGGGCUUAUCACGAAGCGAAAACAGCAUUGUAUAAUUCCAUCAGGCUAUCCACGGAGAAGGUGAAGGCUAUGAGAGACAAUACCAUGAUGAAGAGCAACGUGGAAGUUGUGCCGUUUUUGUCCAAUUCCACUCUUGAUGAUAUUGGAUUAGUGCUCAGGAAUGGGAGUUUGAUAGACGAAGCUUCUGGUGAAGAAUUUGACGAAGUCGAAGAAGCAAGCAUAACUGCAAAGUUUUCAAGCUCGAGAAAUAUCAGUUUGAUAGAUGAAGAUUCUAGUGACGAAUCUGUUGAAGUGGAUGGGACUGACUCUACGCCUUCCUUAUCGACUAUCGCCUACGAUUCUGAUGAGUCUGAUGAAAAUUAAUACUUAAACUUUUGUCGAAAUUAUGUUAAUUCUA